CAAAUCCCGAUGUGAAUUUGUAUGGAUCCCAUCCGUUUUAUAUGGACGUUAGGUCGGCGUCGGAUGAUGGCAAAGUUCCAGCAGGGUCCACUCAUGGAGUUUUGUUGCUUAACAGCAAUGGUAUGGAUGUAAUAUACAGUGGUGAUAGGAUAACUUAUAAAGAUGAGUGGACCCUGCUGGAGUUUUGUUGCUUAACAGCAAUGGUAUGGAUGUAAUAUACAGUGGUGAUAGGAUAACUUAUAAAGUUAUCGGUGGAAUCAUUGAUUUGUACAUUUUUAGUGGGCCGUCACCGGAGUUGGUGGUACAGCAGUACACAGACCUCAUCGGCCGACCUGCUCCGAUGCCAUAUUGGUCAUUUGGGUUCCAUCAAUGUCGAUGGGGUUACAAGAAUGUUUCCGAUGUUGAGGGGGUGGUAGCCGGUUAUGCAAAAGCCGGUAUUCCUCUUGAGGUUAUGUGGACAGAUAUUGAUUACAUGGAUGCUUUUAAGGAUUUUACUCUUGAUCCCAUCAAUUAUCCGGUGGAGCAGAUGAAGACAUUUGUCAACACACUUCACCAAAAUGGUCAAAAAUAUGUACUUAUCUUGGAUCCUGGUAACAUUUCAAAUCUUCUUUUAUGAAUAGUAUUGUAUAGUAUAGUAUAGUAUGUUAGAACCAGAUAUGAACAGACAAGUUUUCUAGAGAAUUAACAUUUUUAAAGCCACUUUAUUGGGUAAUUGUUUGGUCUCUCUCUGCAGGUAUUAGUAUUAAUGAGUCAUAUGCAACUUUCAAAAGAGGAAUGCAGGCAGAUAUAUUUCUGAAACUUGAUGGUAUUCCUUACCGUGGUCGAGUUUGGCCUGGGGAUGUAUACUUUCCUGAUUUUAUGAACCCUGCAUGCAGAGUGUUUUGGGGUAACGAGAUCAAAUUAUUUCAUGAUCUUCUCCCCUUUGAUGGCCUUUGGCUUGACAUGAAUGAGAUAUCCAAUUUCAUCACCUCCCCUUCCAACCCAUCUUCUACUCUUGAUAACCCUCCUUACCAAAUUAACAGUGCUGGAGUCAAGCGACCUAUUAAUAACAGGACUGUUCCAGCAAGUUCUAUACAUUUUGGUAACAUUACAGAGUAUAAUGCACAUAACCUUCAUGGUCUAUUAGAAGUUAAAGCAACAAAUGCAGCUUUGGUCAAUAUUACCCAAAAAAGGGCAUUUAUACUUUCUAGAUCAACUUUUGUGAGCUCUGGGAAGUACACAGCUCAUUGGACCGGUGAUAAUGCUGCAAGUUGGAAUGAUUUGGCAUACAGUAUACCGUCUAUUCUCAAUUUUGGACUCUUUGGAAUUCCAAUGGUUGGGGCCGAUAUAUGUGGUUUUUCUGGAAGCACAACUGAAGAACUCUGUAGACGUUGGAUUCAGCUUGGUGCCUUUUAUCCUUUUGCGAGAGACCACUCUGAUAAAGGCACUGCACGUCAAGAGCUUUAUCUCUGGGAUUCUGUUGCUGCAACAGCGAAGAAGGUGCUUGGCCUCCGCUAUCAGUUACUUCCCUACUUCUAUACAUUGAUGCAUGAGGCACACACAAAUGGAACCCCCAUUGCAAGACCCCUUUUUUUCUCAUUUCCUCAAGACAUAAACACGUAUGAAGUCAGUUCACAGUUUUUGAUUGGAAAGGGUGUAUUGGUAUCACCUGUUUUGAAACCUGGAGCUGUCUCAGUCGAUGCAUACUUCCCAGCAGGAAACUGGUUUGAUCUCUUUAACCAUUCCAACUCUAUCAGGGUGUAUUCUGGGAAAAACAUCACACUUGAUGCACCACCUGAUCAUAUAAACGUACAUGUCUUGGAAGGGAAUAUCUUGGCGCUGCAAGGAGAAGCCAUGACAACUCAAGAAGCUAGAAAUACGUCAUUCCGCCUCCUGGUAGUCGUCAGCACCAAAGGAAACAGCACGGGGGAAGUUUUCUUGGAUGAUGGAGAAGAAGUGGAGAUGGGAGUUGAGGGAGGGAAUUGGAGUUUAGUUCAAUUCAAUGCUGGACUUACAGGGGAUAAAGUAACAGUUAGAUCAUACAUUGUGAAUGAAGAAUUUGCUCUGAGUCAAAAGUGGAUCAUAGAUAAGGUGACAUGUAUAGGACUGGGAAAGGCUGAAGGACUCAAGGAAUAUAAGCUAUACAUUAACAAGGGAAUGAAUGUUACUAAAAACAGAGACAUAAGAGCAAGUUUUGAUAGCAACGGAGAGUUCUCUGUUGUAGAGGUGUCAGAGUUGUCUUUGUUAAUGGGAGAGGAGUUCCAGUUAGAGUUAGAGCUUAGCAUGUAGCAUACCAAAAUUGAAAGAGUGAAUAAAACAUCAUCAUUUGGGUUCCUUGUGGCCCCAGGCCUUUUCCUAUUUGCCGUUGUAUUUUGGACGUUGAUUGUGAUAUUUAAUGGUGAAUAAUUAUCAGUAUUUAUC